UGGACGCUGAUCUUUUCUCACCCACCGUUAUCUCUUUUGAUGGCACUGGGCUGGAGUUUAAAAGGAUGAGGAGGGGACCUUGUUGAAACUUACUGAACAGUGAAAGGCCUGGAUAGAGUUGAUGUGGAGAGGAUGUUUCCACUAGUGGGAGAGUCUAGGACAAGAGGUCAUAGCCUCAGAAUUAAAGGGCGUUCCUUUUGGAAUAAAAUGAGGAGGCAUUUCUUUAGUCAGAGGGUGGUGAAUCUGUGGAAUUCGUUGCCACAGAAGGCUGUGGAGGCAGCCAAUAGAUAUUUUUAAGGCAAAGAUAGACAGCAUCUUCAUUAGUAUAUGUCAGGGAUUAUGGGGAGAUGGCCAGAGAAUGGGGGUUGGAGGGAGCAAAGAUCAGCCAUGGUUGAAUGGUGGUUGACUUGAUGAACCAGAUGGUCUAAUUCUGCUCCUAUCAUUUAUGUCCUUAUGACCUUAAAUCACACAUUGGACCCUGAUCUUUCCCCACCCAUCUCUAUCUCUUUUGUUGGCACUGAGCCUCGACUUGCUGGAGUUUAGAAGGAUGAGGGGAGACCUCAUUGAAACUUGCUGAUUAGUGAAAGGCCUGGAUAGAAUUGAUGUGGAGAGGAUGUUUCCACUGGUGGGAGAGUCUAGGACCAUAGCCUCAGAAUUAAAGGAUAUUCUUUUGGGAACGAGAUGAGGAGGAAUUUGUUUAGUCAGAGGGUGGUGAAUCUGUGGAAUUCAUUCACACAGAAGGCUAUGGAGGCCAAGGCAGAGAUAGAUAUAUUCUUGAUUAGUACAGAUGUUAUGGGAUUAUGGGGAGUAGGCAGAAGAAUGGGGUGAGGUGGGAAAGAUAGAUCAGCCAUGAUUUAAUGGUAGAGUAGACUUGAUGGACCGAAUUGCCUAAUUCUGUUCCUAUCACUUGUGAACUCUUCUUUAAAUAUAUAUCACUGUGUUUUGAAAGAUGGCCUAUGCAUGGUUGGAACAUGCAACACUCAAAGAUAAAUGUUUCAUCUCAUUACAAACCUUUCGACAAAAAGCCUUCCAGAAAGUGAUAUUUUCGGUGUGUUUAAAUGCAGUAUGAUCACUCUAGAGCCUUUCAUCUUUCCAUCAGGUUUUCAAGAGAAACGUCGCACGUGAAGAGAUCUACGAAAACCGGAGUGGAAGCAUCGCUUCCGAGGCGUUGAAAGAUCCAAACUCGUGAUUUCCAUUGGCAUUACCCCGAGUCCAUCCAAUCUUUGAUGUCAUCGUUCUAUUCUAAUAGAUGUGACAAUUCCUCUCUGAACAAAGAGAAAUCACGAAGCAAGAGACCAGUGAACGCAGUCCAGAUAGACACACAACGCUGGAGUAACUCAGCGGGCCAGGCAGCAUCUAUGGAGAAAAGGAAUAGGAGACGUGUCGGGUCCGACUCUCUGGAGUCUGAAGAAGGGUCUCGUCUCGACCCGCAACAUCACAUAUUUCCUUUCUGCAGGGAUACAGUCUGACCAGCUGAGUUACUCCAUCUUUUUGUGUCUAUCUUCGGUUUAAACCAGCAUCUGCAGUUCCUUCCAAACCGCUCAAAAAGGAGAGUUCAAUCCAAUUUUCCAGCACUCACGUAAAUAUUACCAAAACAAUAUGUAUUUGCAUGAAAUAGCUAGUUGGCAUAUUGACCAUGUAGAGAAAACACAAUUUUGCUGAGUAGUCGUGCUCAGCUUCAAAUUCUGCUUUCACUCUCACCCGAGUCUAUCAGCACAAUACAACAUGAGCUCACUGCGUCUUCAGAGAGAAACUAACUUAGCGACAGUUUUGAUCAUGUGAUUUCAAAGGUCGAACAGAUGUUUAAAGUUAUGCGACUUGAACGGAUUGAAUUAAGAUAUUUUAAUUUGUUGUAAAUGAAGAAAUUAAGGUAUGUAAUUACAGAGAAGAGUUGUGGAUUUGAUGCCUUGGUAGCACGGGGGGACUUUAAAGUAAUCGAUGACAGUUUUAAAACUGUGGUCAAUAUACUUUGCGGGGAAUCAUAUAACCAUAUAACAAUGACAGCACGGAAACAGGCCAUCUCGACCCUUCUAGUCCGUGCCGAACACAUAAUCUCCCCUAGUCCCAUAUACCUGCGCUCAGACCAUAACCCUCCAUUCCCUUCCCAUCCAUAUAACUAUCCAAUUUAUUUUUAAAUGAUAAAAACGAACCUGCCUCCACCACCUUCACUGGAAGCUCAUUCCACACAGCUACCACUCUCUGAGUAAAGAAGUUCCCCCUCAUGUUACCCCUAAACUUCAGUCCCUUAAUUCUCAAGUCAUGUCCCCUUGUUUGAAUCUUCCCUACUCUCAGUGGGAACAGCUUUUCCACGUCAACUCUGUCUAUCCCUCUCAUCAUUUUAAAAACCUCUAUCAAGUCCCCCCUUAACCUUCUGCGCUCCAAAGAAUAAAGCCCUAACUUGUUCAACCUAUCUCUGUAACUUAGUUGCUGAAACCCAGGCAACAUUCUAGUAAAUCUCCUCUGUACUCUCUCUAUUAUCGGCUGGCAUACGAUCAAUGGAAGGAAAUCAAGAGUAAUUAAAUGUCAAUUGUAAUGGGCCCGCAUUUCACGAUUGAAAGUGGGGAAAUAUUCUGGUCCCAUUGCCAAUGGUAAGUCCUCAGUCUCCUGAACUAGGGAUCUAUAUCUAUCCUACCCGAAUUUGUGCCAGGACAAAGCACCCCUUGUGUAGUCAGGCAAGGAGACACGUCCAAGGGUGACUUCUAUACACCUUUUUUUGAGGAAAGCAGGCACGUGCUCUGUUUCCCUGACCCACUAUCGCUGGCUUGACGUCAAAUAACUGUAUCUAAUGGCAACCUGGAGUGUGCCUAUUAAUAACAGACUGCUGGAGUCGGGGGACAGUGGCAAAUGCGAAGCUCGGCACCCAGCUUCAAAGCAGCAAUCAAUUGUGUGUGUGUGUCUGUGUGCACUGGACGUCAAGGUGGAUUUUCCAGACGGGCACCAUUGGCGAAGUUAAUGUUUGCACUGUCGUUCUGUGACAUUUAUUGGUUUCAAUGAGAAGCUUGAACACCACUCGUGUGGAAAGAAUAAUAAUAUCUGCAUCCAUUUCAAAUUUUACUAAAGUGUGCUAUAAGACAUUCUUUAAACACCCUAAUAAUCAGUCCAGUAAAUACAUACUAAAAAUAUAUUACCAAACGGAAUGUACAGGUUUAUUAACUAAGCUCACAUUCAUUCUUAGCAUAUUUAAAAGCAACCGUGGCAACUUAAAAGUAGCCAAUAUCUCCCGUCCUCUGUCUAUUCCACAUCGCAUUGGUCUUUUGGCAACAUUUUUAAACAAAUCUGAUGCCUCGUUUGACGGGUUGAAUAAUGUUUUUAAACAGCGUCAGAAUCCAUCACUCGACAAACUUUCCAGACAGCAUUUAGUUUACGAAAGAUUUAUCACUCUCACCACAGCAGUUAAAUAGCAGCGUUCGCCUGCACGGCUUUCUGUGCCCUUGCUGUUCUGCAGCACUGUCCACGGGCACUCCACAACUCUUCCUUCCAGACAGAAACACUUUGAAGUGAAUGGAAUGGGCAACACAUGGCUGCAAUAGCCUCGCUCUAUCGGCCGAGCAUGGGCGAGCCCCCGGAGUCCGCCCUCUCUCCACCCCUUGAUAAACACAAGUGUCGGGAGGCGGCUGCGUUCCAGUGGUAACUCUGCAGUGAGCGCUAGCUGGCGAGCAGGGCUGAGCUCAACUCAACGUCGGUACAGGGCAAGGUGAAGGUCCCAGCAGCGAAUCCGGAGAUGCUGGCAACUUUUAUUUCCACUUCCAGAGCAGGCAACUUUCCUCAGCUCCCGCGCCAUGGCAACCAUCGACUUUUCCGAGGUGGAAGCGUUCCUGGACCGGCACCCAGACCUGUUCGAGGACUACCUGCUGAGGAAGGGCAAACGCGAAUCGGUCAGCAAGUGGUUGAAGGUGCACAAGGCGGGGAGGCUGCCCGGCACCGGGCUGGGCGAUGACAAACACGGCUGCCGAGCUGAAGCCACUCUGCAGCGGGCGUGUCAGAAAGAGCUGAGGAUGAGUUUCGCCCGCUCCCGGACCAUGACCGGCCACCACACGUACGACGAGGUGGUGGUGGUUCGGGCCCCGAGCCCGGGCAGGCGGGCACUACUGCGGAAGGCCAGCUCGCUGCCGCCCACGUCCGCCCACCUGCUCAAUGCUCUGCUCGAGUCCCGGGUCAGCGCCCCCCAACACGCCUCGGCCGCCAGCCACCACAAGCGCUCGCUCAAGCAGGCCAACGAGCGCCAGUUCUUCCUGGAGCUGGUCAAAGACAUCUCCAACGAGCUGGACCUGGCCAGCCUCAGCUACAAGAUCCUCAUCAACUUGUGCAUCAUGGUGGACGCUGACCGCUGCUCCCUCUUCCUAGUCGAGGGGCCGUCCCACAAGAAGAGGCUGGUAUCCAAGCUCUUCGAUGUACACUCGGGGACCACGGUGGUGCCGUCCUCCAGCAUGGAAAACUCCAACGAAGUCCAGGUGCCCUGGGGUAAAGGGAUCAUCGGCUACGUGGCCGAACACGGGGAAACGAUCAACAUGCCAGAUGCCUACGAGGAUCAUCGGUUCAAUGAUGAAAUUGACAAGCUGACAGGUUAUAAGACAAAGUCCAUUCUGUGCAUGCCGAUUCAGAACUGCAAUGGGGAAAUUAUCGGGGUGGCUCAAGCUAUCAACAAAAACCCUGCUGGAGUACCCUUCACUGAAGAAGAUGAAACGGCUCUGCAGAUGUACUUGCCCUUCUGUGGAAUAUCCAUAUCAAAUGCCAAACUCUUUGCAGCAUCUCGUAAGGAAUAUGACAGAAGCAGGGCAUUACUAAAGGUUGUCAAUGACUUGUUUGAAGAACAAACAGAGCUGGAGAAGGUUGUCAGGAAAAUUAUGCAACGAGCUCUGACCCUACUUCAAUGUGAACGAUGUUCUGUCCUCUUGCUGGAAGACAUUGAGUCUCCCGUGGUAAAGUUUGCAAAGACCUUUGAUCUGAUGUCUCCACUAUGUUGUAUAGAGAGUGAUAUCAGCAUGGAGAAAUUAUCCUGCUCCGGUUGGUUGAUAAACAACAGCAUCGCAGAGCUUGUCGCGUCAACAGGCCUUCCAGUGAAUAUCAGUGAUGCCUAUCAGGACCCUCGCUUUGACACUGAGGCAGACCAGAUGUCUGGUUUUCACAUUCGCUCAGUGUUGUGCGUUCCCAUCUGGAAUAGUAAUCAUCAAAUCAUUGGUGUUGCUCAGAUACUUAACAGGUUGGACCGGAAAACAUUUGAUGAUGCCGAUCAGAGAUUAUUUGAGGCCUUCGUCAUUUUCUGCGGUCUUGGCAUUAACAAUACUCUAAUGUACAAUGAAGUGAAGAAAUCCUGGGCAAAGCAAUCGGUGGCUCUUGAUUUGCUGUCCUACCAUGCAACCUGUUCAAAAGUAGAGGUUGAUCGGCUGAAGGCUGCCAAACUUCCAACAGUGAAUGAGCUGGGAAUUGCUCAUUUUUCCUUCAAUGAUUUUUCCCUUGAUAACGAUGGGAUGAUCACAGCCUCGCUACGAAUGUUCAUGGAACUGGGGAUCGUGCAGAAAUUCAAAGUCGAUUAUGAGGUUUUGUGUCGCUGGCUGCUUACCGUGAGAAAAAAUUACCGUGCAGUUCCAUACCACAACUGGCGUCAUGCAUUUAAUGUUGCACAGUGCAUGUUUGCAAUGAUUACGACUGCUGAUUUUCAGGAAAUUCUGACUGAUAUUGAAAUUUUAGCCUUGAUGGUGGGUUGCCUUUGUCAUGACCUUGAUCACAGAGGAACAAACAAUGCUUUUCAGGCAAAAAGUGGAUCUGCUUUAGCACAGCUGUACGGGACAUCUGCCACUUUGGAACACCACCAUUUCAACCAUGCUGUAAUGAUACUGCAGAGUGAGGGGCACAACAUCUUUGCCAACCUAUCGUCCAAAGAAUACAGUGAUUUGAUGCAAUUGCUAAAGCAAGCCAUCCUGUCCACUGACCUCAUGCUUUAUUUUGAGCUGCGCUCAAAGUUCUUUGAGUAUGUCAUGUCUGGGGAACACAACUGGUGUCUUGAGAAGCACAGACAAAUGUUGAGGUCUAUGCUGAUGACAGCCUGCGAUUUAGGAGGUGUUACCAAACCUUGGGAGAUCUCUAAGCAGGUGGCUGAAUUGGUAACUAGUGAGUUCUUUGAACAAGGGGACAGAGAGAGAGCUGAACUGAAGCUGACACCAACUGCUAUCUUUGACCGAAAUAGGAAGGACGAGUUGCCGGGCCUUCAGCUGGAAUGGAUUGAUGGGAUUUGCAAGCCACUGUUUGAGGCGCUGGCUGAACUGAAUGGAAGGACUCAGCCCUUGGUGAAUGGAAUCAAUGCUAAUAGAACUAAGUGGGAGGAGCUUUAUACAAUGUACCGUCAGUCUCAUGGUGCCGCAGAUGCUUCUAAUCGCAUACUGAAGAUUGAAGUAAUCAACUAGUGCAAUUCAGACCCUAACAUGUUUCUGGCCUAACCUUACACUACAUUAGGCAUUUUGACCCUCUGGCAGAUGGAAUGUUAAUGACAAUGAUGCAAAUGCUGAGAAUCAUCAAUAAUACUUUGGCUGCAGAAUGAAACUUCAGCAACAUUAGCAUAAUUCCCAUCUGCGUGGCUACUGCAGAAGAGGUGCAAAAUCAUUUUGCCCUCUGAUCGGAUCUUGGGUAUUGAAUGGAGAUCAACACUGCAAAUAUUCAACAAGAAAAUCAGCAAUCACCAGUCAUGGACCAUUUCACAUCUCUCCCAUCAUGCACUGCUAUGUUUGCUACCUAGGAACAUCGAGUAAUUACUGUGGUGAUUAAAAUCAUAAUCUGCCAUCUGCUACAGCAGCAUUCUUUCAGUGCUUCAAAAGAAAUCUGCUGCAGACUGAACAGCUUUAUUAAAGCGGACUCUAGUUAAAUCUGUUGGCAGCAGGGUACGCUGUCAGACUGACAAUGGCUUAUUGAUGUUCAAGACAAGAUGCUCUCCUGACAAGUAACUGCUCUCAGAACCCAGUAUUCUGGGAUAGAUCCAAGGGACUCCAUUUAAAAUGUCAUCGCAGAAAUAUCUUUCAACAUCAACUGAGGCAUCAGUUUCUCACCGGUUUUCUAUGGCAUUGAUCGUGUGCUUGAAACAUUCUUCUAAUGAGAUGGUUAAUGCUGCAUGUAAAUCCUUAUCUUUAGGACAGAGCGGACACACUAAGGUGUCCACCUUUGGCUAUCGCAGUCUCACAGAUCAUAUUAAGCUGUCACGUGAUCUGAAGCCAGUUCUUUCACAUUUGCCAUUGUUGAGGCAGUGAUAUUUUCACCAUGAAAUAGCCAUUCUUAAGUUCCAUGCAAAUGAUCAAAACAUAUAUGAAUUUAUUAAGAAUAUGUUAUAAGAUAUGUUAUCUGUUAUAUGAUGAUACACUGUAUGAUUAAUGGCCACACAUACAGAAGGUUUAAGGACCAUGCUGUUUCCAGACAAAAAUAUAAGAUAUUUAACACAAACCUACUGCUCCUCCAAUGAUUAGUUAGGGGAGGCAGUGCUCUGUUUUGGAGUGACCCUGUCAUGAGAAGAUUAAGUGUUCUGCUUGAAUUAAGAUAACCUCAUAGGCCAACAUUAGCAGAACCAAAUUAAUUGACCUCACAAGACCUAUGGGAAAAUGAUAGAGAAAAUCAUGCAACUAUUUAUUUAAUAUUUUUUAAUUUUUAAUUUAGUAAUGUUUAUACCUGAAAUAUUUACAGUAGUAAAUCCACCUGUAAAAUCUCCCUUUAAAUUGAACACGGGUUGUCAUUUGCAGAAAUAAUUUGAAUGUGGAUUAAAAAAUAACAUCGCUAUCCAUGGGAACUACCAUAGCAUGAAGUACUAAUUAUUGAAGAGAGAAACAUAAGAAUACUUGUAACUGAAUUGUAGUUUAGGUUUAACUUGAAUUCUCUUGGUAUAUGUACAUUAAAAUUUAUUGAACAAUUUCAGAAAUAUUCUAGUGAAAUAUAGAUAAAUUGAGAUUAUGCAUUGACAAUCUCAAGACAUGCCAAUGCUUUACAGCCAAUAAGAUAAUGUUAUAGUGCAGUCACCAUUGUUUAGUGUAUAUCACUAUAAUUGAUCACUAAUUCAAAAGAGCACAAACUCUUCCUGCUUCUGCUCUGGGUAUUAAAAGUGCAAUCCUUCUUUUAGGAGAAAUGAUGAGCAGUGUCUAUAAACCUUGAGAUUUUAAUAUUGGUCCAAAUCACAUUCUCUCUCUGCAGCUUCCCUACUGGGAGUAUGGAAUACUAGAAUGGGGAUUAACCUUAUAAACGCUUAUUAUGGAGAUCUGCCAAAGUCACCUAUAUUAUGUUGGUACUGUUGAAAGUCAAUAUUGUUUGGGCUCAGUCAAUUGUGCCCUCUUCCCAGAGAUGUAAGGUGCAAAGUGUAAGUCUCACUCUAAGACAUGAGGGCAUAAUCUGAACAGCCACUUCAUCACAGUGUUGGAAGGAGUGUUGUUACAGUUGCAGAUGACGCAUCUCAUCCAGAACACUAAACCUCAGUACUGACUUUUUGUUCAGAUCAAAGUUAGAAUUUCAGUGAAAUUAUUUACUGAGGACCAAUGUCCCCAAAAGCACAUUGCCUGGCCAUUUCUUGUUUGUGACAUUUAGAUCUGCAUGUAGUCACCUUUAACUCCAUUAAAGCAUUGAGUGGACUUAAAAAUAUAUUUCAUUCGUUAAGUUUAUUUGAUUCAUUAACAGUAUUGCAUGGCACUGAAAGAAAACAAAACACUUAAUGCUAUUGGUAUAUCAUUGGCUGCACUAAUAAAGAAACAAACAACGAAUUCAUGCAAAAAUAAAACAAGACAAAUAGCUAAACACACACACCUUAUAACUUACUAAUUUUGGGGUUCAUUAAUUUCUGACAAAUAGGUCGAUCAGUCAGAACUGUAGCAUGAGCCAGUCAUUCUCACAAUCAAUAUGCAUUCUUUUUAUCUUGUGAGAUAGCUACAAAGCAAAUUUGAAUUGCUUCUGUAGAAUAACCAGGCGUAAUGACUGUAAAUUUUGGAUUAAAUACCUUGACUAUUCUUUGGAACAAAUAAAGUAACCGCUAUGAUUGAUAUAACUGACUCUCAAAAUACACAGAGGAAAGCAUAUAUUAACAAUUAUGUACACAAAUUUAUAACACAGCCAUUAAGUAGAAGAGAUGAAGUACCAUAAAAUUAAAAUAUAAUAGUAUUGUAAACUGGAGCAGGACAACUUUUAUGAGCAUGUUUUUAAAAGGUUUACAAGUUUCUGACAAAUUAAAAUGGAUUGCUUCAAAACUAUUUCUUUAAAAUAAAUCAGAAUGAGACAAUAUGUUUAAUUCUCAUUUUAUCCGAAUAAGGAAUGUUAAAAAUCUUGGGAGAUUGUAUGUUAAUGUGCAUGUCUCAAUCCUAUCAACAAUCUUAAUGGAACAUUUUAUUUUCACUAUAUUUGCAUGGUAAUUUAAAUUAUUGCUCAUUCAGCACCCUUCAGCAGGAUAUUGGUUGCAAGCACAUACAGUGCCCUCCAUAAUGUUUGGGACGAAAACCCAUAAUUUAUUUAUUUGCCUCUGUACUCCACAAAUUAAGAUUUGUA